AUGCAAGAUCCUAACAAAUCAAUCGAAAUUAGUAGUACAUCGGUUUUAGAUUUAAAAGCUGAACUUUUUAAGCAAAAAGAAGAGUUUGAGAAGCAAAAAACAGCAGCAAACAAUCAAACUUUUUCUGCUGUUGCGAGAAAAACAGCAAAGAAACCAGAUGUUUGGGAACGUCAAAAUAAGGGAGUACUUGAACGAUCGAAUCGAGAUGAAUUGGAGAAGAUAGAUGCGCCAACAUUGGAGGCCAGUAGAGCCGCCAUGGAAAGAAAAGCCAAAUUAUAUGAUCAUCUAAGAAAAACGGGCAUAAGUGAUGAUAGGUUAGCGGAAGAAGUUUUAGUAGAUUUUGAUCGAAAAAUGUGGGAACAACCAUCGGACGAACCUACAGAGGAUAAAGGUAAAGAUGAAGAUCCCUGGGUAGAAUAUGUAGAUGAAUUUGGAAGAACACGGUUGGCACGAAAAAGUCAAGUGCCCAAAAUAGAAUCACCAAUUGCCGGGCCAACGUUACCAACCGUUGACGAUGAAUUAAUAUCGGAAGAAACGUUAUUAGAACAAGUUCGAAAGCGUUGGGAAGAAACUGCCAAAGCAGAAUUGGACAAGGGUGUAGGUCCUAUUCAUUACGAUGAAACGAAAGAAAUUCGCACGAAGGGUGUUGGUUUCUAUCGUUUCUCCAAAGACGAAGAGGAACGUCAAGAACAAAUGCGUGCUUUAAAGCAGUUGCGUCUUGAGACUGAGUUAAAACGAGCAACGCAUCAAACCAUCAAAGAAAAACGAAAAGCACAGUUAGAUGCUAGGAUGGAGAUGAUUUGUGCAAAAAGACAAAAAAGACUAAAAAAACUAUCGAAAACCGAGUCGAAUUCUAUACAAGCCGACAUCACAAAAGCUGCUAACACAUUAUCUAUAUCAUCAUCAUCACCAAAUGCAUUAGCAACAGUUCCAUGUUUAACAACGGAAGAGAAAACUACAAGCAAAAUUGAACAAAAACCUUUGGAUAACAUCGACACAUCUAAUUUAUUAUCAAAUCCCGAACAGGCAGUAAAUGAUUUAUUGUCAAACAUUAGAAGACAAGUAGAACAAGAAAGAAACGGAAAGGUCUCUUAA